AUGGCCGCCGCCACCGUGAACUCCGUCGUCACAUGCGCCGUCGUUCGCACGGCGGCGAUCUACGGAGCCUCGUCGCCGCCGGUUCUAGGUAAGGAGAUAUCCGCCCCAUUUGCAGCCAAUUCUGCUUCUCUUUGCUCGACUCAGCCCCUUCUCGUUUAGGUCUGCCGGCAAUGGCGCGGGCGAGAGGCGGGAGGGUGAGGUGCUCGAUCUCUGAGGAGAGGGCCGCCGCGCCAGUGAGCGCCGCGGCGGCGCUGCUUGCCGCCGCCGCCGCCGGAGUGGCGAGCCCGGCGAUGGCGCUGGUGGACGAGAGGCUGUCGACGGAGGGCACAGGGCUGAGCCUCGGGAUCAGCAACAACCUCCUGGGGUGGAUCCUGCUGGGCGUCUUCGCCCUCAUCUGGUCCCUCUUCUUCGUCUACACCUCCUCCCUCGACGAGGACGAGGACUCGGGCCUCUCCCUCUGA